AUGAAUUCUUUUGUUGAGUUUCUGCAGCAUCGAUUUAGCCCUUGCGUAUAUAUAUUUGCUUCCGAGGAAGCCAAAAAAGCUUUUCCUGAUUAUAAAAGCCUAAUACGCUGUGCUUUUGAAGCUGCAAUUGAAAAUAAUGGUAUCAAAUUUCGAAUUAUAUUUCCAGAUGAACUCUACAAAGAAGAUAUAUUAUUUGAAUCAAUGAAAAAAUUAAAAAGAACUACAGCAACUUUCCCAGAUCCCACUCAAAAAAGAUAUGAAUUUUCAACUAUAUCAUCAUUACGCAAAAAGUUAAUUAAAUACGAUUUUCUUUCAUACCAUAACUUCUGUGAUAUACCCGUUGGUACUCUUGCUGUCAUGUCCGGUCAAGAACUUCCGGCUAUUCCAAUUGCUUCAUUUCCUAAAUGGGCGAGAGGUUUUAUUCAAGAUACAAAGGCAAAUAUCAUUAAAUUACCAGCUAAUGAUCCAAUUGCAUCGAUGACAAAAUGGGUACAAAUCGUUUUAAACAAAAAAUACGAAAACAUCGUAGCGACCACUCAAGCAAAUUACGCCAAAUCAUGGAGUGAUCUCAAACAAACAUUUUUAAGCCUGUUAGAUCAAUACACAGGCAUUCAAACAAAAUUAAUCGAAUUAAAAUACUACGCAGACAUAAAACUACAACAAAAGCAGUAUAAAGAAGCUUCGAAUGCUUAUUCACUACUCAUAAGUAAUACUAAAUCAGACCUUUUAGCUGCAGAAUCCCAGUUUAUGCUUUCAAUUUGCGAUAUUCUUCGCGGAACACCCGGUGGACAGACAUUACAGUCACUAUCGACAUCAAUGCAACAAUCCAGAUCAUAUCUACAUAUCGCCAAAUGCUCUCUCGUUGAUUUUUACGUAAGAGCAACAAUUGGAGCGAAUCCAAUCGUUUCUUUGAACCCUCUUGUUGGCGUUUCGAGCUCAAAAAUAUGUAAGUUCGUUGCUCCUUUCGCCAAAGAACAGAUUGCCCAUCUUCUUCAGAAGCCACGUCAUAGUGCACAAAUUUUUGCACAAACCGCUGUAGAUUUUUCAGGAUUAGAGCUCACAAAUUAUGCGACCAAUGAUCUAAUAGCGGCUUUGACACCUUUGAAGAAUGAGAAAUGGGAUUUCCUCGUUCAAAGUAUAAUGAUGCAGAUUAAUGAUCAAAAUUCCAUCCCGGAAGACCUCAAAAAUAUUCUUUCCAGUUGCCAGACCGUUAUUUACCCUUGCGUUUUCGAAAAUGUCCUCAAAGGAGGAAGAUAUAAAUGCGGAUUUAUUUCUGCAAAGCCAUGCUCUUUUUAUUCCGAAGGAUUCAUGUGCGCAGAGCCAUUAGAAUACGAAGGAGAGUGGGUAGAAACAGCAGAAAGGCUUUUCGGAGCUUAUAAAUCCGGAACCUUCUUUAAUGCUUCUUUUCUUGAGCAUAAGGAGUGCUUGGUCGGCGAACAGGUUGAUAUUAGAACACUUCUGAUGUCUGAUUGUGGAGAAAUUCAAAUUUCUAAAUUGAGAUUAAAAUUGUCCGGAGACGCAGAAGCAGAUUUGACUCUCGCAACCAUAUCCAGGACGACCAUGGCUGAUGUAAACCUCUCUUUUACGCCAACAAAAGGAGGAAUUCUCAAAGUUGAAGGUGUAGAAUUCUGUUGGGGCUCAACGCACGUGGAUUUCUACGUUGAUUUCAAGAAACCUCUCGUCUUUACAGUAUAUGAUGACGCUCCGAAGAUGAAAAUUGAGGUUCUUGAUAAAAAGAUGACAUUUGUUGAGGGAGAAAUCUGCCAAUUUACCUUUAAAUUGACAAACGGACAGAAACCUUUGACGCACGUAUUAUUCUUUACAACUGGUCUUCCUGUAAAGCUCAUAGAACCAGAAAUUGAAGAAGUUUGUCAAAUGUAUCCGGUUGGUCAGAUGAAUUCCAACGAAGAAAAGUUUUUCCGCAUAUCCAUUUAUGCCAAAAACUUUGGUUUUUACCAUACCCACCUUUUAAUCUCGUAUUGGAACAAAGAUGAAGGCCCUGCGAGAUAUUUACACCAUGAUUUGAUGUGUAACGUCACAAAGAAGGCUGAUUUGCAGAUAAAGAGGACAGAUAGUUAUAUUACUAUACGUCCUCCACCUGGAUCUUCAUCAAUUGGCUUUACUCACCCUUAUUCGAAUCCAGAUCCUUUCACGCAAAUAUCCAAACUUAAAAACGAUACCAUAGGAGAUGUUACUACGUUCAGACUUGUAUCGGAAGACACAAAUCAUAAGACAGUUUUGCCAGAUUUCGUAAUUCCAUUUUUUUUCAACGAUACAAUGAGAUAUUGGUAUAGUACUAAGUUCGGAUAUUGCUCUGUUCCACUUCAACAGUUUGUUCAUCCACUAAGAGUCUUAGUUUCAAGAGUUAGUUUCGGAAAUUACAGAUUAACUCUCAAAAACGCUGGAAAGGAUCCGAUCAAUGAUGUGAAAAUCAUUGUCAUUGAACAAGAAAGUCCUGUAUCAUAUAUUUUGUCCGGAAAAAGCAUUGUUGUUGUUGAUAAGUUGUUGCCUAACACAGAUGUUUAUGUUGAUCUUAAUUUCGUGUUGUUUGAAAAGAAGGUUGUUGCAAACCUUUUGAUUUCAUACGAAUUGUUUUGUAUUUCUGAAAAGAUUGUUAUUGAAUAA